GGGUGGGGGGGAGGGGAAGGAAGAUGGCGGUGAGUGUGUUCACGAGGGUGGCCGGGCUGUCGGGAGCGCUGGCCGUGGGCCUCGGCGCUUAUGGGGCGCACGGAUUUCGACGCAGUGACCGAGAUGAGUAUUUGAAAGAGCUGUUUGAAACUGCAAACAAGUACCACUUCCUCCACAGCCUGGCACUCCUGGGAGUUCCCCUCUGCAGGAAACCUCUGCUGGCUGGCUCGUUGCUGACAUCUGGCAUGGUGAUGUUCUGCGGUGCCUUCUACUAUCAAGCAGUGACUGGAGACCCAAUGUUCACUAAAGCUGCACCUUUUGGAGGAACCAUUCUGAUCGUGGGCUGGGCAGCCAUGGCACUCUGACACUGGCAGGAAUCCUGGCAAGGAAGCACACAGCAGUCCGGGUGGAGUUCGACAUGCCUCUAGAGUAUAUAUUGGAGUGGGUCCUUUUUAAAUUCAGUAGUAUUUGGAAACCCUCUGUAUAAGGCACCUGUGAGCAAUCUCUACUCAUACCACUGGUCUGAAGCCAGUGUUCCAAUCUGCUAGGGCUAUUUGAUCACUUGCUGUGCUAAAUUGUUCUUGCCCCCAGUUCUGCUUGUGCCCAUUCCAUCUUGUCUGAAGUCUGUUGAGUGCUCAUAACUUGGCCAUGCAGCAGAAUUUUAACCAUGAUGCAAUUAGAUUAAGUAUUGCUGAAAGGACAAAUGUUCUCAAAUUUGUCCUGAUGAAAGACACAGACAAGAAUGCCACAUCUCAAAGGAUCACUUCUUUUUCUGGGAAGAAGCAGGGGGCUGAUUGUUUGCAAUGUGGCAUUCUUGAGAGUUGGUCCUGAUUAGUACAAGACAAAUUCCAUUAGCAACAUGUCUCCUUUCAGUAAACCUGUUUUGUACCAACAAAUUACUAAUUUAGUCAGACUGAGAUAGUGACCUAACAGGUUCAGCUGUUCCUGUUGGGCCAUGUUUUUCAUGUGGCUGUAGUGGGAGUGCUUGUCUGAAGUCAGCCAUCUUCCUUCAUAGUUACUGUUUGAGGUUGGGAUCUGAUUUCUCGAAACCACAACCCCUCCUGGUGCCAGUGGGUUGGGCAUCACAAUGGCACUGUUCUGCAUUGGGCUGAAUCAUUGAAGGCACUGGUACAUGUAUCCUCUUCUGGAAUAUUUAUCAAAUCCAGUUGCUGAUGGGAAUAGUAGUAACCUGUAAUGAUGGGGCAGAGAUUGUAACCUGUUGCUACUGAUUGAGACCCUGUCUAUGGGCCCAUUUUAGACUUGAUACCCUUUUGAGUGGGGGGGGAAAUACUACUAGACCCCCUACUACCUUGAUUUGACCCUCCAAUUCAGAAUCAACUUUGCUUGUACUGAUCUGUCUCUGAGAAGACAUUUAGCAGGUGCAGUCUGGAUUUAUAGAAUUUAUAUAAUUGUGACACUAUGAAAAUGUAAUGCAGUGCUAGGUUUAGUGAUAUACAUGAAUUCACUGACUUUUAAUUGAGACAGACUUUUGUAUAAAAGUUGUUGUAAAAUAAACUUAUUGCUUUGUA